CAACAACAACAACAACGACGACGACGACAAUGGGAACAUCAACAACUACAACUACUUUGCAAACAACAACACGAUUUGUGGACGCCUCGUUGACUUCGCUGUCAUUAACGGCAUCAUCGACUUCAUCUCCGGGCGGUGCAUCUUCGGCGCUGCCAUCCCCGCCGGCCACCGCCCUGGAGCUCUUCUCCACGGUCGCCAGCAAUCUGACAGCGAACACGAAUGCCAGCCUCGGCAGCGCGGCGGAAGUCGGCGAGCAGCUGGAGGGGGACAGCUGGGUGGACGUGUCGCUGUUGCUGCUCAAGGGCUUCAUCUUUUCGUCAAUUAUCCUGGCCGCAGUGCUGGGCAAUGCGCUGGUCAUCAUCUCGGUGCAGCGCAACAGGAAACUGCGCGUUAUAACAAAUUACUUCGUUGUCUCGCUGGCAAUGGCCGACAUGUUGGUCGCCCUCUGUGCGAUGACGUUCAACGCAUCCGUGGAGCUGUCUGGCGGCAAGUGGAUGUUCGGGCCGUUCAUGUGCAACGUCUACAACAGUCUGGAUGUCUACUUUUCCACAGCGAGCAUACUGCAUCUGUGCUGCAUAUCCGUGGACAGAUACUAUGCGAUAGUGCGCCCGUUGGAGUAUCCGCUGAAUAUGACACAUCGAACAGUGUGCUUUAUGCUGGCCAAUGUCUGGAUACUGCCCGCCCUCAUCUCGUUCACGCCCAUUUUCCUGGGCUGGUACACGACGGCGGAGCAUCUGCGCGAGGUCUCGCUCCAUCCGGACCAAUGCUCGUUUGUGGUCAACAAGGCCUACGCUCUCAUCUCCAGUUCAGUGAGCUUCUGGAUACCAGGCAUCGUCAUGCUGGUUAUGUACUGGCGCAUCUUUAAGGAGGCUGUGCGUCAGCGCAAGGCUUUGAGCCGCACCAGCUCCAACAUCCUGCUGAACAGCGUCCACAUGGGCCAGACCCAGCAGCCCACCAACCUGAGCUAUUUGCAUCCCAGCGACUGCGACAUCAGCGCCAAGGCGGCUCGCGAGGAGACCAACAGUGCCCUCAGCAAUCUGGAGGACAUGCUGCAGACAGGCACUGAUGAGGACGACGAUAAGGACGAGUGCGAUGAACUGCGAGUGCCGUCGCCGCCACCACGCCGUCUCAGCCGCAGCAGCAUCGAUCUGCGUGACCUCGAGCAGGAGCGCUACGAGAAGGUCACGCACACGGACAGCGCGCCCUCGAUGAUGGCGCUGCAGCAGCAGCAGCUGCCUGGAGGCAGCCAGCUGCAGGCGCCGGUGCCAGUGCUCGAUCCGCAAAUAUGGGGUGAGACGCUGGCAAAGAAGCCGCUGCCACAGCCAGCCGUGACCGCGGCAGUUGCCGCCGAGGCAGCGACGGUGCAGCAGCAGCAGAGCCUGACCAGCGGCAGCGGCAACAGCGAGCCAGAGCCGGAGUCAAUGGCCUAUCGCAUGUUCGGGCUGAACAGCGAUGAGAGCGAGACGACGGACCACUACGACACGCACCUGCCGCUGGCCGAGGACAACAAGGAGCUGAAGCGACUCAUCGAGGACAACUACUUGUACUUCAAGCGGCAGACGGGCGCCGCGGGCGGCAAGUAUGCCGCGCUGAGCGAGUCGGACUUCAUUCGCCUCAAGUCGGGCGCCGCGGCCAGCGGGCGGAAGGCGCUGGCUGCCAGCGACUCGGAGUUUGUGCGCAGCAUCGGCGAGGCGAAGGCGCCCGAUCUGCCCAGCAAGGACAGGGGCUUCAAUCUGAUGUCGCUGCUGGCCAAGACGAAGCGCUCCAGCGCGGAGUGCUUCGCCAUCGAAAAGAAGCGCCAGCAGGCCAACUCCGAGGGCUCCGGCUUCUUUCGGCGAUCCCGCAAUCGCAAGCUCUCGCACAGCUACAAUGGCGGCGCCGGCGGCAGCGGCGGCGCCAAGGAACGCAAACUUGAGCAGCGGGCGCGGCAGCACAGCGACACCGACUCGACGCCCAACAAGCCGGACAUACUGCUGGACAUAAACGUGCUCAGCGAGCAGAGCGCGGCGGCAACUGCUGCGGAUGGCCAUGGCCUGCAGCUGAUUGACUUUGGCAACGAUGCAAUCGUGGGCAACAUGAGUGGCAUCAGCGGCAUCAGUGGCAUCAGCGGCGAUGAGCUUGCCCAGCUGGCCGAUUGCUUCGCCGAGUCACCCAAGCAGCCGGCCACGCCGCCGCCGUCGCUGUCGCCGCCCGAGCUGCCCGAGCAGAGCGGCAUGCUGAUCGCGAGCAGCUCGGAGCUGGCCGAGAUCUUUCGCUCGCUGAGCUUUCCCAUGGGCGAGCAGUGCAGGUCCAGGCGUCAGGCGGCGCCGCAGCGCAUGAGCACGCUGAGCGAUCAGGUGUGCUCCAACUACAUGAUGUCCCCACCGAAUACGCCGGCCGCAGCCAGCGCAGCAGCUGCCAAUGCUCCCCCAUCGGCGUCCAUCAACGUGUACUUCCUGUCGCCGCCGCCGCACGCCGCCAACGGCUAUACGCCAAGUGACACGUCCACCAUAUCACUGGACGUGGUCACCAAUCUGGCGGUGCCGCAGCCGCAGCUGCAGCUGCAGCCGCAUCCACAGCCAUCCAACAUCAACAUAUCACCCAAGCCCGAAAUCAUACUCGACUCGACGCUCUCGCCCGUGGACGGCGGCGAUGGCCAUGUCCUGGGCGAGCACAAGGACAUCACGUCGCCGCUGCUGAAGCGCAAAGAUAGCAACGCCGAGGCGGAUGUUGGCGCUUCCGCCGGCCGACAGCGCUGCAGCAUGCUCACGGGCUACGAGGGCAUUCAGACAAUGCGGAAGCGGCAGGCGUCCGUGGUCACUUACGAUGUCAACGUUAUCAACUUCACCCAGGAGCACGGCGACAGUCGCAGCUACAUACCCAUGGGACGCGUCUCCACCAGCUCGGCAAAGCGCGAAUUUUCGAAUAAAUCUUCGCUAAUACGACGCGGCGGCAUCUGCAUCUUUGUGGAUGAAGACGAGGCCGAACAUAUUGAGCAAAAGCCGCGCGGCAUUACCUUUGCCCCGGCCGCCAGCCCGCUGCCAAAGUGUCCGCUCUGUGGUGCCGACAUCACCGUCGAUGCCAACACCACCGCCACCGCUACCGCUAAUGCUACCGCCACCACCACAACCACCACCACUACCACCACCACCAAUACCACCAACGACACCAACACCUCAAUCAGAGCAAGUAGUAAACGUAGUUGUCACGAUCCGGCCUCAGCUACGGCUACGGCUACGGCUACGGCUUCGGCUUCGGCUCCGGGUACGCCCACGCGAUCACGCUUCUGGCACAAACAAUUGGCGGCGCUCACAGCGUGUUGGCAGCAGAGCAAGAACCGGAAGCAGCGCUUCAAAACCGGAUGUAGUCACUGUGGUGCAGCCGGCGGCUCGGUGCGACCCGCGAAAGGUUGGAAGGCCGAGCACAAGGCCGCUCGCACUCUGGGCAUCAUCAUGGGCGUCUUUCUGCUGUGCUGGCUGCCCUUUUUCCUAUGGUAUGUUAUCACAUCGCUGUGUGGCGCCGCUUGCCCCUGCCCGGAUGUGGUUGUCGUGGUGCUCUUCUGGAUUGGCUACUUCAACUCCACACUCAAUCCGCUCAUCUAUGCCUAUUUCAAUCGGGACUUUCGCGACGCCUUCCGCAAUACGCUCGAGUGCGUGCUGCCCUGCUUGGAGAAGCGCAAUCCCUAUAAUGCCUACUAUGUCUAAUGCCUGGAGUCUAUAAGUAUCUCCGUAUGCUGAAUGCGGAUGCCGGUGUAAGUGAUAUUCAAUACGCUCGAAGCUAAUACCAGAUUAAGGCUCUACUCAAGCGCAAAAACAUCUUAGUUAAGGCCCGAGAGCUAAGCAAUACUCGAAUGUGUGUUUAUUCUGUAUACGUAUUUUAUUUAUUGUGUGUAUUAUACAUAGUUAAGUAAGCUCUGGCUAGCUAUAUAUCAAUGACGAAUGUGUGUCUAUUAGCUGUAUACACAUAAAUAUAUUUCUAAAUAUAUACACAUACAUAUAUUUACGUAAAUCCAUGUCCCUAGCCUAAGUAAAAACGAUUCUACAAAUCUAAACGAAGCGAACUUCACAAGCCACUAGAAAAUAC